CCUCUAACGAUAGUGGUCAGGUUAUGAAGCGUGAAAAUACAUCAUAAAGAAAAGUAGAUGUAUUCGGGCAACUCUAACGCCUGCUUGCUCGUAUUUCACAUUCCAACGCUAUUAAUUAAAUUCUUUUAAUUUCGAAGCAACCCGUUUCCGUCCAUGCUACAGUUAAACUUGACGCAGAAAAACAUCUGCUCAAAAAUACUGCGUCGUGACGUCACGACGUGUUGACGCAGCUUGGCUGUGCUGUGGAAGCGACAGGGCUUCCUUGACACUAGCUAAUAUUCUUAUGAUUAUUUUUUCAAGUCUUUUUUUUAUCGCAGUGCGAAUGACAGAGACACCUUUCAUGUAGUAUAAACUAUCGAAGAAUAGAUCCCAUGGAGGUCGUGGACAGCCCGCUCAAUCUGGCUCAUCAGCAGUGUAGGAAGGCAGACCGUUUGCUUGUAGCUGGAAAGUAUGAAGAGGCCAUCUCGUGCCAUGGCAAAGCAGCAGAUCUUUUGACAGAUGCAAUGAAGACAACAGAGUGUGAGCAGGCUCGUCUGUCCAUGGAGCUGCAGAGGGACAGUCAUAUCAAACAGCAACGACUGAUCCAAGAGCGCUGGAAGAGAGAGGCUCGUCGUGAGGCGACAAAGGCCCGACCCGGCCAGGCCUCCAGCAGCCCAGCCCUCCUUUCCCAAGCCCCGUCCACAGGCCAGCUCCAGCCCCACGGCGCCCCGGGCCUCUCGGCUGCGGACGGUGCAGGAAUCAGGGAGAGAGAGUACGACACCUUGCUCUACCAGCUUCAGACUAGGCAGACUGGGGGCUGCCAGCCUUUGACUCCACCGUGCCCUGGAUCUAAGACCACCAAAGACGACAAAACUCGCCUGGAAGAACAACAGACCACUAUCGACGACCUGCGGCGCCUCGUCAGCCACCUGAUGGAUGAAAACCAGCGGCUGACGGCAGAGAACGAGCGGCUACAAUCGGAAAACACCCGGCUGCGUUCCGAGGCGGUCGAGGCGGCAGACUUUGUGGAGCGUUCGGAGCUCUGGGUGCUCCCGCAAGCAGGGGGCGCGAUGGGAACUGGGGGUGGGCAGGAGAGGAAAAGCACGGGGAAGGGAAAGGAGAUCGCAAUCCCUCAGCUGCCGCCGCUGGAGAUGCCAGCUCAGGAAGAUCUGUGUCUGGAUGACCUGCCUCCUCUGGAGCUGCCAGAGGACAUCCAGAAUGAACUACAGGAGCUACUGGACAGGGAAAAACUGUGAUAAGAAACAUGUCUCUCUCACACACACACACACACACACACACACACACACACACACACACACACACACACACACACACACGCACACUAGGGUUUAACCAAUAUUGCUUUUGAGUUUGGAUGCCAACAUUUUUCUAAUCCAAUCAGACCUCUGCUCAACUUAGAGGUGAUAAUGGAAAUUCCAUGAGAUCAACAACCUCUCUGCACUAUUAAGACAGCUACAGGUGCAACAAAACUAAUAGCAAUCAUUGGGCAGAUGAAAUGAUUACAACUAUAAAGGGAUAGUUCACCCACAAUGUCAGUUGGAACAUCAGUGAGAGUGUAUGUGAUGGAUGAGAAAAUUGUUUUUUUUUUUAAACUUUAUUUUUAUGAACAAUGUUUCUUUAUUAUUAUUAUUAUUAUCAAUGACUGAAAAUCGCCAUUAAAUAACUCUGAAGCAGCAAAAUUGCAGUUUUCUAAAGCUAAAUAAUAGUGCUUUUAUCCAUAAUUCAAUAAUUUAUAUAAUAUUUUGUACUUUCUGCAAAUGCAAAUGACAGCACAGUAGCCAACAUCCCUUUAAAAGCUGCUGGAAAUAUUGUAUUUUGUGUGUGUGUGUGUGUGUGUGUUUGUGUGUAUGUAUGAGUGGUAAAAAAAAAAUAUGGAGGAAGACACAGCUGUAGAGAUUGAUUAGUGACAUUCGAUCAUUUGUUGAUUAUUUAUUUUAGCAAAUAAUAAAUAACAAUAUAAAAUUGUGUUAUAAUUACAUUGGUGGACUUUUUUAUAAUUUGUGUUAUUACAAAUGUGAUUUUGUAUGAUCUUUUUUUUUUUUUUUUUUUUACUUCUGCAACAGAACCGGGAAUAUCUGUUUUCUUUUUUUUUAAGAAACAAAAAAGAAAAAAAGCAUCAAUAUAAGGUGUUAAAACACACCAUUGCCUGAAACACAUGAACUUUCCCUUUUGUGUCUUUAAAUUCCUUUGCUUUAAAAUAAUCUGACAUAAUUUGAUUUAAUAUUUUAUGUAAUCAUGGACUUUGGAUACCACAGCAAAAUAGCUCAGUUUCAGGACACUUAAUAUGCUAUAAUAGCUGUUUGGAAAAAAAAAAAAAUUUGUUUGUUUUGUGAGUUUGAGAAUGUUGAAAUGAAGCAAUAACACUCACCUGAUGUUACACUGACAUAUAAACUGCACAACUUGCAUGACUAAAUGUAGAAUGUGUGGAUGAACUGCUCCUUUAAGAGCGUCAUUGGAAGUGUUCAACACCAUCCUGACCACCUGUUAACAAUGUCAGAGCUAUUGGUCAACCCUACCACUCACACACACACACACACACACACACCCACACCCACACCCACACCCACCAGGAUCAUGUGCAGUGUGAUUCAGUCACAGAAAAGCAUAUUGCUGUUGUUGAAGAAAAACUACAUUGCUGCAUUUUUUAUUUUCUUUAACUUGAAUUAAAGGCUUCAAUGAUUAUUUGUGUGUGUGGUGAUUUUUUAUGACAUGGCAUGGCUGCCAAUUAGAGAAUAAGCACUUUCUGAUUUUCUUGCAGAUUGGUGUUUUUGUGCAACAACAGCAAUAUACACACACUUAUGACAUCAAUCAAAAGCUGAGGUUAAAGGCAUAUUAUGCAGGAUUUUCCCUACUACAAUGUUUGGACUCAUACAAAAAUAAUCCCUCUCAAUCAUCACAUAUAACCCACUAGCAGCGUGUGCCUAUAUUUCUUAAUUUUGCUCUGGUCAGGUCCUUUCUGCAGCCAUGAAGCUUUGAAAAUAACAGAUCCAGCACCUAAAGAAUUCAGAAUAUAGCAAGGUGAAACGCCAAAGCUCGUCCCAAAAAUGAAAGUGAAGUUGCUUCCAUUUUAAUUGAACUGAAGAAGAGGGGCCAAGUUUAAAUGUUGUGUUUAUAAAGUAAGUGAAAAUUCCUGCAUAGUAUUCCUUUAAUGAGAAUAAAGACUGAAGCGCACACAUUCACACAUCCAGUCACUGCUUGUUCACACUGCAAGCAACUAAGUUGAUUAGUUUCUGUAUUCUCUAAAACUCUGCAACAGGAAUGAGAGGUUUGCUGUUUAGAUUAUGUCUCUAACUCUAAUGAAAAGAGCAUACCAGUGCAUGUUUUAGCCCUUUAAACUUAAAUCAUUUGCACUUAUCUCCUGACAACACACUUCCACAUCUGUAGGGGCUUGUAAGUAGUACGUAGAGCUGAAACAAUCAAGUGAUUAUUUGAUCAGUUGAUCGACAGAAAAUUUAAGUAUCUAUAAACCAUCUUAGUUUUCUCCAGCAAAAUUGUCAAAUAUUGAUUGGUUCCAACUUCUUAUUUGUGAGGAUUUUCUGUUUUGUAUAAUUAAAGGGGACCUAUUAUGCUAAUUUUCAGGUUCAUAGUUUUGGGUAUUUUGGGUUUUUACUAGAACAUGUUUAAAUGCUUUAACGUUCAAAAAACAUCUUCUGUACCUCUAUUCACCCUCUGUGUGAAAUACUGGUUUCAGUUUCGUUUCAAUACGUUUCAGUGCCUGUCUCUUUAAGCCCCCCUUCUGAAAACGGCCUUUGUGCUCUGAUUUUUCAGCGUUUCUGUGUCUUCCGCAUCUUCCGCAGCUCUCACCGUCUUUGUGGGCCAGAGAAGAAAAAUUAACAUCAGCAACAAAGAUUUUAGGUUUCCCUGGCGUUAGCAUGUAGCUACAUGUAGCAGUGUAUGUUAUGUUAACACUGCAGUAGCAAGCCGAGGGCAGUACCAUAAUAGUGUUGACAAUGGGUGGAAACCUGAGGGUUUGCUGCCAGGGAUUAUUUUUACAUACGCUUACCUCAUUAUUUGACAUUUUGUCCAUGUUAAAUAUGAAUUUAUGACGCUGUAACACUAUACAUAUGACAGAAAAGAAGGAAAAGCACAAUAGGUCUCCUUUUAUGUGUUGUGGACUGUUGGACAGAAGUCCAAAAUGUCAUCUUGGGCAUUAGAAAAUUGUAUUUUUUCUCUAUUAUCAGACCAAGAGAUGACCUAUAAAUCAAUGAAAAACAUUUGCAGAUCCAUAUUCUGCACUGAAAAACAUACUUGCUUUAGUUACACAAUACAUCAUUAAUGCGAUAAUGCAGUUGUAGUUGCAUAGUAAUUUGAGCUGCAUUACCAUAUAGAGGUAACAUAUCAAGCAUGUUGUGCAAAGCUCAGUUUCAUACCUUAUGGUAAUUACUAUAUUAAAGAAAUGGCUACCUGGUAGCCAAGAGAACACACAUUCAGGAAUCUAAAUGAAGUAAAGCGGACUAAUGGUAGCUACACCAAACAGAAAGAUGGGUCAGAAAGACAGUCCAGUAGAUGGUGCUUAACUGUUUUUAUCAUUCUACAGCUAAACGUUAUACAAAACUAUGUUUCUGAAACAAGAAAUAGGAAACACAGUAAAACAGAUCUUGAUUUAUAUUUGAUCAGCACUGACUAGUUGGUUAAUUUGAUCUGAGUUUCGCAAGCCUGGUGCGUUCCGGUGCACAUAGCUAAGUUGAGGUUAAGGGUUGAAGGGAUCUGUUGACAUCAAAUAUGUCUUUGGAUCCUGUGUUGCUUCACCUUAAAACAUGCAACAACACUGGUGUGGUUGUUUUAGAAUAAUUCCUUUCUGUUCAAUAGUUGGCUUAAGGACUUCAGAACAAGUCAAUAGCCACGGCUGGGUCACAUUGCAGGUCUGUUAUGGAUUGUAAGCAAACAAUUAGACUAACCAGCAGAUAUUAGCAUUCAUGUGGAGUCGUGUUUCGGGCCUGGUCCAUUCCCUUUCAACUCUUUGUUGGUCUCCACUGACUCCUGAGAAAAAUAUCUUAACUGCUGAAUGCUCCACCAUGUUCAUCAGCUAGUGUCUAACUGUCAGCUGUUGUUGGCACAGAGGAAAAGACAAGGACUUGAGGCGACUUGUUGACCGUGUUGCUUGCAGUCUGAAUGUGGCAUGUGCAUGCACACACCAUCACACACUGUGAGGCAUUUGUACAAACUCAUGGACUCAGCACACUUAAUACAGUGUAUUUCUUUACUGGAACAAUAAUGAUAUGCAGAACUGGUUUCAAACAGGAUAUUAUGCUGCCUUCACGACCUAUGCAAAACAUGAUCGAUCCACAUUUUCGACAAUGGAAUACUCAAAUAAUGUUUACCUUGACUUUUAGCUGUUGAAUACUAAACUACAUGCUUCUUAGUAAGGGUUAGCAUUAGAAAUGACAUGUGGACAACUGUAGACAAUAGUGUUUUCUUUUAAAAUAAAGCCAGUUGACUGAUUGAUUUUCUUUAUUUCUGCUCUUGAAAACUAUUGCAGGACUUGAUGUCUUGCUGCAUGUUUGACUAUCUACAGAAUCUAUAUUCAUCCGCUCUUGAAUUGAAAUAUGUGAAUAAUUGUUGGUUGUCUUGAUUAUCAUUCUCAUAGGACGUGAAUGCAGCAUUACCGUGAUACUUAAUACAGCUAAAGGGACUCACCUCUCACUUAAUAGUAAUUAAUGGCCAGAGUACACAAAGAAAGCUUAAACUGCCGGCUGGCCGGCUAGAAUUCAUCAAAGUAGCCGUAACAGCUUCAACAACCCUUCAAACUCUGUACCUUCUCAAGAAACCCAACCGGUGCCUUGGACAACUCUCUGUACUGUGGUGGCAGUCACAUGUUUAGAUCUUCAGAUGGAUACAUGCAGUUGUGUUUGACAUAAUGAUAAUAAUGUUUGAUGGGAUGGUUAAUAGAACUGUCCACAAACAGCAGUUCUAAAGUCAUCUCAGCUCUCGCCACUAUCUCCUGGAUCCUAACAAAAGCUCACUGCUGUGUCUGGUACACACCCAUUUGUCAAAAUAGGCUUCAAAUGCAGUUUUACCGGCGGCUGUAACCACUCUGUGCUAAGCCAUGACCAUGUGUUUCCAAUGAUGCCUUGUGGGUCUGAGCAUGCCCAACCUGUGAUGGUCUCCUACCUAAAACCUUAGCCGUGUCUUGGUGAUUUACUCAGCAUGGGGCUAUGUUGGUGCACUAGCAAUCAAUUAAUUGUGAGCCAGGUGGUGGCCUCUAGUGGCAAUAGCAAUAACAACAUGUGGUGGGAGAGAGGCAGGAAGUAAAGCAACAUAAAUAAAGUGAGAAAAAUGGGAGGCAGAUUGGUCCAAAAAACACAGGAGUUUAACCCAGGAGUCCACUGUUCCGUUUGUUCCGUUUAAAACUAAAAGUUACCUUAUUUUAAGUUAACAUCUAAAUCAUGUAAAUGAUCUUAACCCAAACCUAGUUCUUUUUUUCUAACCUUAACUAAGUAGUUCUGUGUCACAACAUCAACAACAUGUUUAUAAUAGCUGCAAUCUGGUGUUAAAUACAGCAGCCGUGUGACUGUUUCACAACUUUAAAUAAAAUUAUCUUUUUUCCCCUAUAAAUUGUUAUUGGUAUUGCAUUUGGUGACUUGUCUUGGACUCAAAACUCAAAGUCUGGGAAAUAACUUGAGACUUGCGUGCAAAGACUUGAGAAAUUACUUGUCAUACUAUACUAUUGUCAGCCUUUAAUGGACUGUUAAACAACAAGAACAAAAAUAAUAAUAAUACAGCAGAACCAUACUUAUCAUCUUUUUUUCCCCAUGUAUUCUUUUUCCUUGUCAAAGCCUUACAGCUACAUUUCCCAUAAUGCAACCCUAACCCUUGGUUGUGUUAUGCUAGUAGAUGCUAAUGCAGCCUAAAGCUGCUCGCCUGCAGCAGAGGUCUGGUAAGCUCACUUCUUUCUAACUCCACACCUCCAGAUUUUUUAGUCUUUAGAACUAACUGAUGCGACAUCAAGUGACACCAUUAGAGGGAAACUAGCCUUCUCCCAAAAAUCCACCUUCCGUACAAACCGUUUUACCUAACCUACAUAACUUAAGUAACCAUCUCAUGUCUGGCAGAUUUUUCCUAAGCCCAACCAUGUACAUCUGUUGCCUAAACCUAACCAAACUGCAACCAUAUGACGUUAACCAUGCGUUUAAAACAGCAACAAUUACAUUUAGGUUUGCGGACGUGACGACCUGCUGCCCCCAGUACACUCCUGUGUCCUGUAUUCGAAGGUAGGAACAAACAACCUAUGUGGUCUUAUAGUUUGGUGGACUUCUUGCUUCUUGAGGACAGAGUUUACACAGCUCCCUCUGGAGACACCAAAAGCUUAAUGCAUUUUUUUCCACAUAUGCAGUAGAACUUCCUAAAAGUGCUACUACUGGAAAGCUCAAAAUAAAAUUAGUGUAAUUCCUUCUUAACACUAAACACAAUGCCAAGCUUCAGGCUCAUGAGGGACAAUCGACUUCCUGGUACUUUGAGUCCGUAUGCGUGAACAGGGUCGUAGAUGACCUUAAACCAUGUCUUUUUGCAGUUGCUCAAGGCUUGACUCAGUGUGAAUAUCCCCACCCUUGUUGAAAAAUGCCUUAACAGUAGCUUUGUUAAUACAAAGUUUCUAUGAGCCAACAGUCCUGUCAAUCAUAAUGCCUCUCAAACUGAAUUCAGACCAUGAAAGGGUGAUGAUGUGAGCUGAGAUGAUUUUACAGCUGCAAACAGUGGAGGGAUCUGAACUUUUCAUACACUCACUCCUAUUCUCUCCGUUUCCCUUCAGAUGAAAACUUGUUUGAUGACUUUAGCGAUGUGUGUUGUUAUGAUGUGAUGUGAUAUUAUGUGAUUUGAAGACUGACAUUUUGUUCUCAACCUGAAAGACAGUUUGGGAAAAUUGUGUUCUUCAUGUGUUAUUGAACAUGUGUGAGUGUCAGUCUAUCAGGUUUGACUGAUUCAGGGCUUGAAGGCCAGUUUCUGUUAUCUUUACACACAAACUGUAACCAACAUUUACCUAUAUUUUGACUCAUAGAUAAUAUUUUAUGCUGGUAUCUAUUAGUUGCCACCAAAGAUGUAAUGAGGUUUCAUACUCAGCCCAUGGGAAACUAAAAUUAAUUGAUGAAAACCAAUAACAUAUCGAUGCAAGUCUAAUGAAUCUGAUCCAAAUUUCUAUUAGAAACUGUCUCAGAAGUUUACUCAUAAAUCACCAAAGUUGUUCAAUAAGACAAACUUAAUCAUACAUCUCAUAUCAGUAGACUAAUUGGCAAUUGUUGGUCUUAUAUCAGUCCAAUUAUUGUCUUCUCUUGUACUGUCUUUCCUUCCCUUUCUUCUCCAUUCUUUAUUUUCCUCCAGUUUCCUGCCAGCCCAUGAAGGGAGAAAAAAAGUUGUUUUUUUGCAUUUUAUUUUGUUAAUUUGAAUGAAAAUGCUUAUUCAAUGUAUUUGCUUGUUUUACAAUGCAAUGGAGUAAAUUGUUUGUUGUUAGUCAGUAAAUAACUAUCUUAUUAAUGUGGUCAUGUUUUUCCUUACAAAGGAAGAAGCUGAGAGAUAUGCACAGGCUAAGUUACUUGUUGUCCACGGAGAAAAAAAAUGCUUCCAUAGGUCACCUAUGUGCCAACAUCUUUUGAAACUCUCCCGACUGAUUUUCAGGGCUAGUAAAGUGCUUUAGCAGAAAGAGUCCACUGUUGCAUGAUUUAAUGAAGACAAAUAAAAAAGACACCAUCAUUUUACUUCUAGCACUGUCAACUAUAACCCGCCAAUCAGACAUAGUGGCCCAACCAAAUUCUUCAUUUUCUGGGUUUGUGACAUGGUCCCAUGGGGCCCAAAAAUACAAACAUUGGGAAAGAGAUGUCUGUAAAUCAUCAGAUACAUUUCUUAAGUGUCACAACCCCAUAGAAGUGACUUGUUUCACUAUCAGAAUUCGAUCCAUUCAGAGCAAUAGCACUUGAAAAGUCUAGAAGAGCCUGCCAAUUAGAUUUUUUAUGUCGACAUUCAAGUUAGCAUAGCGCUAUAGGGCCCACAGGAAUGAGUUCUUAAACCAGUUAGCCAGUUAGCAUUUUAGCGCACUGGGGUCUGUCCUCUCAAACUCAAUGAAGAUUUUGAAUGGGUUUCUUUUUAGAGUCCUGAAAUAAGGUCUGUGGUUAACACAAGCUGAAGAGAUCCCGUU